UAUGUAAAUCGCAUAUCACAACACAAGUUAUGAAACAAAAAUAUUUGAUCAUACAAAAUGGCACUCACAUAUAUCUCUGUCUCUUUUCUGAUAGUUUCUCUGUUAUCUAUUUUUUUCACGUUAACAAGCGUUAGAGCCGAUCUGAUAAAUGAUGUUUGCUCAAAAACACAAAAACCCGCUAUAUGUUUAUCCGCCUUAAAGGGCGAUCCUCGAUCCAAAAAUGCAAAUCUCGAAGGUCUUGCGACUAUCUCAAUAGACAUAUCACUAAAGAACAUGCAAUCUGGACGUGAUCUUGUAAAUUCGUUACGUAAACAGGCUACAGAUCCAAAAUUAAAAACACGAUACCAUUCGUGUUUGGAGAAUUAUAAUGACUCCAUUGAUGAUCUUAAAGAAUUGCCACCAUUUUUAAAGUCUAAGGACUAUCUUGGUUUGAAUGUUCAUGCUUCUGCUGCUUUGAAUGGUCCUACUACGUGUGAUGAUAAUUUUUCAAGUUCACCUGCUGAAGCUCCUCAACUAAAAGCCGCUAGUGACAAGCUUGUAGAACUUAUUGAAAUUAUUUUGGUUAUUAGCAUUCUAUUAAGAGGAUAA